UGUUUCUCGAUAGGAGUAAGGUGGGGGAGCAGGAUAUUCGUAGCCCCCUAAGGGAAGAAGGACAGUAAGAUAUAACAGUGGUCAGCUCACUUUCCAGAAGGUUGGGCUGAAGCUUCAAGCCAAGGAAUUUAUUUCAUGGUACCUUCUGGUCUGCAGACAAAGAAUUUUUUUCCUCCGGUUGUGGGAUUGCUGAUGAGAGUGCUCUUGUCUGUGCAACAGCCCGGAGCCAUGUCUCAGUAAGCAGAGGAUCAGUUGGCAGGAAGGGGGAGAGGCAGGAGAACCCUGUGUCUCUGCCACCUCCUGUCCUACCAGCUGUGCCUUGCAAAACCACACUGACAGUGGUGCCUCAGAGAGGAUUCCCAGCCCUGCCCGUGUCCUGGAGAAGGAGCCAACCACCCCACAGCCAAGGACAGAGAGAACAAGCUUACUACUGCCAUUUUAUAGUUUGAUGAACAACCUGAAGGCCGAGCACGUUCUUCUCUUUGGCUGUUCCCACGAGGAAACUUCACCCGUGCUACCAGGUGCUUUGCACGUAUCCUCUUGGAAAGAUACGCUGGAAAGAGCAAAGAAAGCGAGAAGAAGAGCACGCAGCUGCUAACACCGCUCCGAACAGAGCACUGCACGCCACAUCCCACUAGGAGCAAAGCUCGGGGCGGAGCGGCUGGACCCUCCCACCGCCUUAUAGCGCUUUGCCGACGGGCUGAGCCAGCGCCGCCUGUCUGCUGGCCGAGCUGAGCUGAGUGUUCAGUGCGAGGUUGUGGUGGAAACUAAACAAAACGGAACUGCUGAAACACUGGAGAGAAACAAGAGAUGCAGAGUGGUGAUUUAGGUUUUUCUCUGGCAUCAGGAAUGUCUUCUGAGCCUGCUGCAUCUCCUUCGGAGCAGUCCCCCUCCUCUCUGCACUCAUCCAGUUCUCUUCAUCUGCCUGAAAACCGCAGGACAAGAGAUCGCUCCCCAUCUCCCAUGAGGGGGUACCUCAUCCCCAGCCCACUGCCCACACGGCGCACCAGGACAUAUUCAGCAACUGUGAGAGCAUCAGAGGGUCCCAUCUACAAAGGCGUCUGUAAGUGUUUCUGCCGCUCUAAAGGCCAUGGCUUCAUUUCUCCUGCAGAUGGAGGGCCUGACAUCUUCGUACACAUUUCUGACAUCGAAGGCGAGUACGUUCCUGUGUCAGGGGACGAGGUCACCUACAAGGUGUGCACCAUCCCACCAAAGAACGAGAAGCUGCAGGCCGUGGAGGUGGUCAUUACCCACCUGGCCCCAGGAACCAAGCAUGAAACAUGGUCGGGGCACGUCAUCAGCUCCUGAAGUUGCCUGGGGGAUGCUGUCUGCGUGGGUCACUGCUCAGCGCCUGCCCAGGGAACCUGACCUAAGAAUAGUCUGCAAAUGGUGCGGGAGGAAACACUGCAUUGUCAAUAAAAGCAGAAGUAGGCCAAAAUUAUCAUAUUUACAGUAGGCCUGAUUUAACAAAGGAGGAAAAAAAAAAAAAAAAAAGCAAUCCAGAUGCUAAUGAAAUGAAAAAUGUCUUUAUUAAUGUGUUUACAGGAAUGUGUUUUAAAGAGAUGUAGUUUGUGUGCUUUGAGAGGUUGGAUUUCUUUUCUUUUUUUUUUUUUUUUUUCCUUUAUUUUGAACCAAUUCCAGUCCCUCAGGGGACUCGGGGAGCCUUGAAGGAGAGCCCUUGCAGCACAGCCAGCUAUGGCAGAUACACAGGUGUAAGGCCCCGUGGGUGCUUGAUCACUGUGGUCCCUUGAGCUGUGCUUCUGCAGGUGUCAGUGUACACUUAGUGCUGGCAGUGGUGCCUCACUGCCUUGACAUGAGAGCGAACAAGCUGCUUCGUGCUGCAGUUUGUUUUCCUUGUGGAAUAAAGCUUGCAAGCAGAGCAGCUGCUGCACGGUGGAAAAUCUCCAUCUGGUGGUUAUGCUCUGAUGGGCUUCAGGUGCAGCAUUUGCAACCAUGUCUGCAUAUGUGUGGAAUAUUGUAUGUUUUUUCUAAAACAAACAAAAAAAACCUGGAUUGUUCAUGUAUUUACUUUUGUGCCUUGAUGGUUGAUUAGCAACAGAUUUUAUAGGCCAGUAUUACUUAAAAAAAAAUCAACAAAAAUUAAAAAUCGCUUCAAGGUAAGUGGUAGAAAAGCUGUAAAGUAGCUUCAGAGCCUCUGGCUGUGUCUGAAUUGAGACUGCCUUCUUGACUGCAUAGAGCUGAUAAAUGUCUGCUGUGGUGUUUCACUGGCAGGCAGGCGAAAUAACUUCUGAAAAGCAAGUUAGGUGCUGUUGAGCUCACUGAAUACUGAAGUACUGUGAGUUACUUACUAGACUCACCUCUGGGUGAAGUAGAUUCUACAGCUGUGUUUUUUAGAAGACUUUCUUGAUGGGAUGUGCUCUGGCCACCCUGGCUCUGCCUUCAAGAUUGCUUAUAGUUGAAAUAAUGUGACGAUGAUUUUCCCGUUUGCCUUCCAUACCUUUUUUCAAAUGAAGCAUUUUUUUUCUCUUUUCUUUCCUAACAGUGGAUUUUUAUUGACUUUGCACAUAAAAAAAAAAAGAAUAAAAAUAGAAAAAGAUUGCAUGAUACUCUUCUGUUAGCUACGUGACGUGGUGUAACUUCAGUUGCCUGUUUGCAGUUUUUCCAAGAGAGGCACUCGUUGUCACGAAAUGUCUCAGGACUCUUUCACAGCAGAGAUCUGUUCCAAGGUCUGACCUGGGGAGAGCUCAGCUGUAUGAAGGUCAGUAACUGCUGUGAUGGCUUGUUUUACUUUUAAGCUGUAUUACACUGUAGAGUGCUGUAAUGACCUGCCUGCAGCGGCUUUUUGUUUUUAACCAUGACUAAGUAAUGGUGGGUUUAACACUAUCUGGUUUGUGGAGUAUCGCGUAUUGCUUUCUUUACAAUAAAUACAGCCGUUAUAACGCUGUAA